GAUUCGCAGGCCCGGCUCUGCCAGCCCCGGAGCGCCAGAGUGCCGCGGGGCCGCCAGCCAGCCGCACGCCUCGGCGUCAGGGGCAUGGAGGAGCGGCGGGCUCGGAGCCGCGCCCCGGAGUCCCCGAAACUUCCGAGCGGGCGCCCGUCCACGUCGCUGCCGCCGCCGCUGAGCCUGCCGGCCUGAGAGCGGGACCAUGGAUGAAAGGUUCAACAAGUGGCUGCUGACGCCGGUGCUCACUCUCCUCUUCGUGGUCAUCAUGUACCAGUACGUGUCCCCCUCCUGCACCAGCUCCUGCGCCAACUUCGGGGAGCAGCCCCGCGCCGGGGAGGCCGGCCAGCCUGCCGCCCCGAGUCCCGCCCGCCGCGCACAGGCACCUCUCGAGGACUGGGAGCGACGGCCCCAACUGCCCCCGCCGCCCCGGGGGCCACCGGAGAGGCCCCGGGGGGCCGCGGCGCCGGAGGACGAGGACGAGGAGCCGGGGGACCCGGAGGAGGAGGAGGGGACAGAGGAGGAGGAAGAGGAGCCGGACCCCGAGGCCCCCGAGAACGGAUCCCUGCCCCGCUUCGUGCCGCGCUUUAACUUCACCCUGAAGGACCUGACCCGCUUCGUGGAUUUCAACAUCAAGGGGCGCGACGUGAUCGUGUUCCUGCACAUCCAGAAGACCGGGGGCACCACGUUCGGUCGGCACCUGGUAAAGAACAUCCGGCUGGAGCAGCCGUGUAGCUGCAAAGCCGGCCAGAAGAAGUGCACCUGCCACCGGCCCGGCAAGAAGGAGACGUGGCUCUUCUCCCGCUUCUCCACCGGCUGGAGCUGCGGGCUGCAUGCCGACUGGACGGAGCUCACCAACUGUGUGCCGGCCAUCAUGGAGAAGAAAGACUGUCUCCGCAACCACAGCCACACCAGGAAUUUCUAUUACAUCACCAUGUUGCGGGAUCCAGUGUCUCGAUACCUGAGCGAGUGGAAACACGUCCAGAGAGGGGCCACGUGGAAAACCUCCCUCCACAUGUGCGAUGGGAGGAGCCCCACCCCCGACGAGCUGCCUACCUGCUACCCUGGGGACGACUGGUCUGGGGUCAGCCUUCGGGAGUUCAUGGACUGCACCUACAACCUGGCCAACAACCGCCAGGUGCGCAUGCUGGCCGACCUCAGCCUGGUGGGCUGCUACAACUUGACUUUCAUGAACGAGAGCGAGAGGAACACCAUCCUGCUGCAGAGCGCCAAGAGCAACCUGAAGAACAUGGCUUUCUUCGGGCUCACAGAGUUCCAGAGGAAGACGCAGUUUCUCUUUGAGAGGACAUUCAACCUCAAGUUCAUCUCCCCCUUCACGCAGUUCAACAUCACACGGGCUUCCAACGUGGAGAUCAACGAGGGUGCCCGCCAGCGCAUCCAGGAGCUCAACUUCCUGGACAUGCAGCUUUACGAGUAUGCGAAGGAUCUCUUCCAGCAGCGUUACCACCGCACCAAGCAGCUAGAGCAUCAGAGGGACCGGCAAAAGAGACGCGAAGAGCGGCGGCUGCAGCGGGAGCACAAGGGCCGCCGGUGGCCCCCACAGGAUGGGAACCCAGAGGGGGCCGUCACGGAGGACUACAACAGCCAGGUGGUGAGGUGGUGACCCCCUGCCCUCGCCAUGCGCAGGAGCGGGAGGAAGAGUGGGGGCACCACCCUACCUUGGAGAAGCCUAAAGGGAUGGAAUGCUCCUGGACCCAUCCUCACCUCACAUGGGCAGAGCCGACCUACCUUGCAGAGGUGCUGAGAUUUCCAGAGGGCUGGCCUCACUUUGAACACCAGCAACAUCUGCAAGACAAGAGCCCCCGAACUGCCAUGCCAGGACUUGAGGUCACCUAACAGAACGACGAAGGAUCUGAGGACACGGAAGCACUGCUGUUUCUUGAGCCUGUGCUCUGAGUUGUUUACGGAAAAGGCUGCAACUGUCAGCCUCUGGCACAGGAGGCGGAGCCUCUGUGGGUUACACGUCCUGCGGCACAGUGGGAACUCAUCAGAGCCCCAGAUGUCGGAGCUGAAAAACAUCAGUUCUUGCUGGGGAAACUGUCUGAUGGAGCAGAGUGUGUGUGAUUUUGUCAUUGUCACAUUUGUCUUCCAACUUGUCAUUUUUUCAUUUUUUUAAUCAUUUAAUUUCUGUUCCUUUCUUCUUCCUCUGCCCCUCCCAGAAGUACCUUCUGGGUUCUGCUUGCGUUAUUUUUCAUUUGACAUAUCAAAGAUGAAACAUGUUGACAAGAAAAACCUGGACUUUGGUGCCCCAUUUUAGAUGUAAAGAUAAGUUAUCCAAUAGGUAGUAAAUUAUUUCUCCCAAGAGGUAUUUCUUUUUGUUUCUGUGCAAUAAUAUGUAUGAACUUGAGUCCUAGGAACUUGUAUUGUGAGAUUAUCAACCUUUAUUGCUAUUUAAAAAUGAUAGUUUGUAGAACUGAGGAUUUCCAUUGAUGUGAAGCACAAUUUAAUGAGUAAGUGAACAUAUUAAACUGUUGUGAUGUCAGGAACAA